CUCUCCUCUCUCUUAUGUUCCAGAUCCGUAGGUAUAAUUACAAAACCAGCUUCGCCUUUAUUAACGUAAAAUCUCUGUCUCGUAUUCCUUUGUAGGCCACUCGUAAAUCAUAUUUGUUCUCUUUGAACCUUCGCCGGAACCAGAAUUAUCAUGGCUUCGACGCUCGCAUCCACCGCCGAAAGGCUCGAUAAGCUCGGAAUCAAUGGGGAUUUCGCGUCCUCUGCGCCUAAUAUCCAGAAGAAUCUCCAUCUUCUCUCUCCUGAACAGAUUGAGCUUGCGAAGACGCUGUUGGAAUUGGGACAGAGUCAUCUUUUCGAGCACUGGGCGGAGCCUGGCGUUGAGGACGAGGAAAAGAAAGCUUUCUUUGAUCAGGUGGCUCGGCUUAAUUCAAGCUAUCCUGGCGGUCUGGCAUCGUAUAUCAAAACUGCAAGAGAACUUUUGGCAGAUUCAAAAACUGGAAAGAAUCCAUUCGAGGGUUUCACACCUUCAGUUCCUGCUGGUGAAGUCUUGACUUUUGGUGAUGAUGACUUCGUCAAAUUCGAGGAAACAGGCAUUAAAGAAGUUCGGAAAGCUGCGUUUGUUCUUGUUGCUGGCGGUCUUGGGGAGCGUUUGGGUUACAAUGGAAUUAAGGUGGCUCUUCCAAGGGAGACUGUUACGGGAACAUGCUUUUUACAACAUUACAUUGAAUGUGUUCUCGCUCUUCAAGGAGCUAGCUGUAGCCUUGCCCAAGGUGAAGGUCAAACAAAGACUCCUUUCGUUAUAAUGACAUCGGAUGACACACAUUCGCGCACUUUGGAGCUCUUAGAAUCAAAUUCUUAUUUCGGUAUGGAGCCUACACAAGUAAAGCUUCUGAAGCAGGAAAAAGUUGCAUGUUUAGAUGACAAUGAAGCCAGGCUUGCAGUGGAUCCGCAUAGCAAGUACAAGAUUCAGACUAAACCUCAUGGUCAUGGCGAUGUACAUUCACUUCUCUAUUCCAGUGGCCUUCUGAAUGCUUGGCGUGAUGCUGGUUUGAGAUGGGUUCUAUUUUUCCAAGAUACAAAUGGGCUUCUAUUCAAUGCAAUUCCAGCAGCAAUAGGUGUCAGUGCUACAAGACAAUAUCAUGUUAACUCCCUUGCUGUGCCUCGCAAAGCAAAGGAAGCCAUAGGCGGGAUUACCCGUCUCACUCACGUUGAUGGUAUACAAUAUUUCCCUUUUCCUU